CCUGGAGGCUAUUCACAGCGCUGGCAGGGGACCAUUCGGGUCUGGCGCCUCCGGACCUAGCAGCGGCCUCCCGUAGUCGGGGAAAGGCCACCCCGCCGUCCCGCACUCCGGUCGGCAGGCACCUGCGUGCAAAAGUUCCACCGGCCGCGUGCCACUCCCCAGAGCUGUCUAGGACACCCGCUGGCACCCUGGGUGUGCAGUUCCCAUAAUCUUGGCACCCUACCUGCUGCGCCUAGCGGCGGCUUGCAGUGAAUCUUCAGCCUCUCAGUGGGCAUCAGGUGCCAGGAUGUCUCAGUGGUAUGAACUGCAGCAGCUUGAUUCCAAAUUCCUGGAGCAGGUUCACCAGCUGUACGAUGAUAGUUUUCCUAUGGAAAUCAGACAGUAUCUUGCCCAGUGGCUAGAAAAACAAGACUGGGAGCAUGCUGCCAAUGAUGUUUCGUUUGCCACUAUCCGUUUCCACGACCUCCUGUCACAGCUGGAUGAUCAAUACAGUCGCUUUUCUUUGGAGAAUAACUUCUUGUUGCAACAUAAUAUAAGGAAAAGCAAGCGUAAUCUUCAGGACAAUUUUCAAGAAGACCCAAUUCUGAUGUCAAUGAUAAUUUGUAAUUGUCUGAAGGAAGAAAGGAAGAUUUUGGAAAAUGCUCAGAGAUUUAAUCAGGCUCAGUCGGGGAAUAUUCAGAAUGCUGUGAUGUUAGACAAACAGAAGGAGCUUGACAACAAAGUCAGAGAUGUGAAGGAACAAGUUAUGAAUAUAGAGCAUGAAAUCAAGACCCUAGAAGAUUUACAAGAUGAAUAUGACUUUAAAUGCAAAACUGCACAGAACCGAGAAAUCGAAACCAAUGGUGUGGCAAAGAACGACCAGAAACAAGAACAGCUGGUACUGAACCAGAUGUUUUUAAUGCUGGACAGUAAGAGAAAGGAAAUAGUGCACAAAAUAAUAGAGCUGUUGAAUGCCGCAGAACUUACCCAGAACAUACUGAUUAAUGAUGAGCUAGUGGAGUGGAAGCGGAGACAGCAGAGUGCCUGUAUUGGGGGACCUCCCAAUGCUUGCCUGGACCAGUUGCAGAACUGGUUCACCACCGUCGCGGAGAGUCUGCAGCAGGUCCGUCAGCAGCUUAAAAAGCUGGAGGAGCUUGAACAGAAGUAUACCUACGAUCAGGACCCUAUCACCAAGAACAAAACGGUGCUGUGGGAUCGCACCUUUGCUCUCUUCCAGCAGCUGAUUCAGAGCUCAUUUGUGGUAGAAAGACAGCCCUGCAUGCCAACUCACCCUCAGAGACCAUUAGUCUUGAAGACUGGGGUACAGUUUACUGUGAAGUUGAGACUGUUAGUGAAAUUACAAGAGCUGAAUUAUAAUUUGAAAGUCAAAGUCUUAUUUGAUAAAGAUGUGAAUGAGAAGAAUACAGUAAAAGGAUUUCGGAAGUUCAACAUUCUGGGCACCCAUACGAAAGUGAUGAACAUGGAGGAGUCCACCAAUGGGAGUCUGGCAGCUGAAUUUCGACACCUGCAACUGAAAGAGCAAAAAAAUGCUGGCAACAGAACAAAUGAGGGUCCUCUUGUUGUUACUGAAGAGCUUCACUCCCUUAGUUUUGAAACCCAAUUGUGCCAGCCAGGCUUGGUCAUUGACCUCGAGACGACUUCCCUGCCUGUUGUGGUGAUCUCCAACGUCAGCCAGCUCCCCAGUGGUUGGGCCUCCAUCCUGUGGUACAACAUGCUGAUGGCAGAACCCAGGAAUCUAUCCUUCUUCCUGAACCCUCCCUGUGCACGAUGGGCUCAGCUUUCAGAGGUGCUGGGUUGGCAGUUCUCAUCUGUCACCAAGAGAGGUCUCAAUGCCGACCAGCUGAACAUGUUAGGGGAGAAGCUUCUUGGUCCUAAUGCUAGCGUUGACGGUCUUAUUCCAUGGACAAGAUUUUGUAAGGAAAAUAUUAAUGAUAAAAAUUUUUCCUUCUGGCUUUGGAUUGAAAACAUCCUAGAACUCAUUAAAAAACACCUGCUGUCUCUCUGGAAUGAUGGCUGUAUUGUGGGCUUUAUCAGCAAGGAGCAAGAACGCGCGCUGCUCAAAGACCAGCAGCCAGGGACAUUCCUACUGAGGUUCAGUGAGAGCUCCCGGGAAGGGGCCAUCACGUUCACGUGGGUGGAGCGGUCCCAGAAUGGAGGCGAACCUGAAUUUCAUGCAGUUGAACCCUACACCAAAAAAGAACUUUCUGCUGUUACUUUCCCCGAUAUUAUUCGCAAUUACAAAGUUAUGGCUGCUGAGAAUAUUCCAGAGAACCCCUUGAAGUAUCUGUAUCCAAAUAUUGACAAAGACCAUGCCUUUGGAAAGUAUUACUCAAGGCCAAAGGAAGCUCCAGAACCAAUGGAACUGGAUGGUCCUAAAAGAACUGGCUACAUCAAGACUGAGUUGAUUUCUGUGUCUGAAGUCCACCCUUCUAGACUACAGACCACAGACAACCUGCUCCCCAUGUCGCCAGAGGAGUUUGAUGAAGUGGCUCGAAUAGUGGGCCCAGUAGAAUUUGACAGUAUGAUGAGCACAGUGUAAACGUGAAUUUCUCUCAUCUUCUCUGGAGACACUUUUUCUUCCCAUGUGCAAUUUCUCCUGCUACUCUGUUCCUUCAUGUGCUAUGUUUCUAAGGAAAUGAAAGGAAGGACAAGAGUUUUGCUACAAACUGUUGAUAGCAAGUGGAUAUUUCCCUAAUUGUGAAACGUGUUACUGUGAAGGGCUUUGUACACCUUCGUGAAAGUGCAAUGGAAAGAAAAACACUCUGUGCAGAGUGGAAUUUGCAAAUGGAAAACAUCAAGAUACACCCAAAGCAUCAAGAAUAGAAAUAGAUCCCUUUGGGAAAGGUGAGAAGUGUGGUAACAUCUAGUUAAUGCUAUUCUAAAAGUCAGUUCCCAACCAUUAUAGACCAUUGGCUAGACACAUGGAUAUUUAGGGGCCCAUUUAAUGCAGUAAUGUUAAAUUUCUGUUCCAGAGAAUUUUUAUGUGUUGUCUCUGCUUUAAAUAUUAUUGGCAGUUUUCCCUUACUCUACCUGUGACAUAAUUCAGUUAAGUUUAUGUACAAUGACAUAACACUUUAGCAAUUGUAGUCAUCCCACUACUGAGUAGGAGAAAAAGGUUUUUUUUUUUUUUUAAUCAUGUUGUCCACACUGGCAUUUAAAACUAAUGGCAAAUUCUUUCUGUCUUGAGAGAAUUAGCAUUCUUGUUGGUUAUGGCUGAAUGAAACUGGCUAAUACCAGAAGGAAAUGUGUUUUUCCAAAUUCAUGGGUAACAUUUCUAAUCAGUCUUCAAUAUGUGAAGCAAGGUAUUUUCUGCUUUUGUUUUGGUCACUAAUGAAUGAAACUCACUGCACUUCUACCAAGAGAGCUAGGAAACAACUUUUUCAAGAAUACUCUAUUUCUUAAAGCUUAAACUUGAGAUAUAGCUAGACAUAGAAAUUUAAGGGAUUAACUUGUCUUUACUGUUAUCAGUUUGUAGUCUACUAGUUGCAAAAUUGAGAAAGUAGAAAAAGUAAUAACUAAUAACUUGAAUCAUUCACCAGAGAUAAUGUGAGAGUCAAAUGAUCAAAACUCAAGUCCUGUGUAACUGCCUUGAGAACUUCAUAUUUUCACUGAUAAAUAUGUACGUAUGACAAUUAUAUUUGCAAAUGGUCCCAUGAUCUCUUCUGUACUUUUUCCAGACACUUUUUUUGGAUGGGUGAUUGUUGUUGGAGUGUGUCGUGCCUUUUUCCUUCUUCCUCAUUGGCACUGACCCAAACUAGUAGUUCUAGGGACUGGCUGUUGGGGUUUCCAGGGAGCUUUCACAGAGGCUUUUACAUGGCUCCACAUCACUCCUCCAUCUUCACCACAACUAUGUUCUUACAUACAGGCUAUGCUUCUAUUUGGGAGAUAAUUUUCAUAAAGAGUAGCUUAAGUCUAUUUAGUGCAUUAAAUAUAGUGUGUACACACAGCUCAGUGCUGCGUACAGACUGAAGCCCUCUCUCUAUUUUUAUAUAACAUUGACUUGGCUGGAUUUUGGCAGCUUUUUUAAUUAAAAUGGUUGAGAAACCCAACAUUUAAAAAAAUUGCCUCUAAUUGCUGUGCUUUAAACUAUUUUGUUAUAUUUUUACCCUUUGAGAAUGGUUUGGCACUAUUUUAUUUCAUUGUACUAGCCAAGUGACUAUUUUCUUUUAAAGCAAAAAGAGUGUCUAAAGUAUUAAAAUUCUAAUAUUACUCACUAGUUUUUAGUAUAAAGAUAUCUAAAAUUGCUGGCAUAAGAACUGGUUUAAUAUUUAUCUCAUUAACAUAUCAGUCUUUAAAAGAAGAUUAAUAACAUUAUUUUCCUAUUUUGAUUAUUAAGCUUAAUAACCUUAUUUGUUCUUUUACUAUUUUGCCCUUAUUCUUAUUGUAAUCAGAAUCACUAUGGCAGAUUAAGAGAUCAGCUUGUGUUCUUAAAAAAAUGACCAUUAUAGUAAGUCACUGAACUAAUCUGGCUUAAGGGAUGUGUGACUAUAUCUAUGAUAGUGGUUUACAGCAUAGACAGUACAUGUACAACCUUGUACCAACUUUUGGUUUUUAAGGAAAGAGAAAUAUUCUGAAGUUACAUUAAGAAACUGAAAUCAAUUUAGUGUCCUGAAUGCUAAAGCCGAAUUUGAAGGCAAAUCUUAAGGAACAAAAUAGUACUGUAUUCCACCUGGCUAUCCUAGGAGAAAAGAACAGCAUUUUAAAAAUACUUAUAUUUACCUUUUAAACUGUGAUGCUGUUUCCCAAGUAAUGGGUAUUUGCUUGAGUGGUAUCUUUUUGUGAUUAUUCAUGUUUGAAACCUGGGUGUGGUAACACAUUCUACAAUCCCAGCUACUUAGCAGAGGCUGGAAGCUUGUGAGUUCAAUACCAGUAUGGGCAAAGCUAGUGAGACCCUAUCUCUAACAUCUCUAACUCAUGCCCAUACUCCUAACGGCUCAGAAGGCUAAGAUACAGAAGAUUGCGAUUUGAGACCAGCUUAAGCAAAAAUGUCCAUGAGACCCCCAUCUUCAAAAUAAUCAGUAAAAAAGCAGAACUAGAGGCAUGGCUCAAGUGGCAGAGUGCCAGUUGAGCAAGCACAAGGAUCUGAGUUGAAACCUAAUACUAGCAAAAAAAUAAAUAAAUAAAUGAAAACAAAAUGGUAAUGAUUAUACCUCAAGUGGUGGUUUGCCUAACAACUAAGAGGCCUCUGGGUUCAACCCUAGUAUUGCAAAAGAAAAUUCUCAUUUUUUAUAUGUCAAAAUAUAUAUAUGUAUGUAUUAAGAACCUGCCAUGAGCCAGCUUUAGUCAUAAAUGUUUGGGAAAUAUUGAUAAACAAACAUAUCUAUGCUCUCAUAAGCCUAAAAUGUUAGUACAUUAGACCAUAUUUUCUAGUGCAGUCACCUUAUUAAAUCUUAAAAUUUUGCUAAGUAAACAUAGCCAAAAGCCCCAAAUAAUAUAAAUGCAUUAAAAUAAACCUCAACUGCAGAGAAAUAUCAUUUAAACUAGUUGCAGGAAGCAUAAUCAAUAUUGUUUUUAUAGUCUACUAAGAUAAAUGUAUAGCCCAAUAAUAUGACUCAGUGAUACUCAGCUUCCAAAUGUUAGCAAAGUUACUUCCAACUCUGUGCUUACUGUACUCCCUGAGAAAUUGAAAUGCUCUACUUAAUUGGUUGUAGAAAAUCAACCAUACAUAAACUUAUUUAUUAAAGUUACAUUGGGUAUACAAAGAACCUAAGCAGUCUAAAAGGUAAAAGCUUUUUAUCAAAUACCUAUUAUCAAACUCAUGCAUUCUGUAAUAUUCCAUAAUUCUAUUACAAUAUAUUAAAUACCUCAUUGUUGGUGUGUUUACAGCCUUUCCCCA